AUGAAAGAAUCGUUGCUUCUGAACAAUAAUAAAUCUGUUUUCCCAACGGUGCAAGAAGACCUGGAUGAAUCUGUGAGUUGGGCUCAAGUAUGUCAAAUCCUCAUAGGAAUCAUUGGGGUGUUCGGAAACUUGACAAGCGUGAUUGUUCUCUGUCGUCGUUCUGUUCGAAACAACACCAAUCUCCUCAUCGUCAACCAAGCCGUUGUCGAUUGUCUUGCAUCUGCCCUGCUCAUGGCUGCCACCCUGUCCGACAUUGGGGGUAUACGUUCAUCGGAGAAGACAGUUCUAGGAGCUAUUAUCUAUUGCAAUCUUUGGAACUCGUUAAUCCUCGUAUUUGGAUGCUUUACCGUAUCAACCUUCAACAUGGUUGCGCUCUCCAUUGAGCGUUACCUCGCUGUGGUCCAUCCUAUCUGGUAUUCAAGGAACUUCAAGAAGCGUGCUCUAGGCUUCUUCAUAGCUUCAACAUGGGUAUUCGGCCCCGUAUUUCAAGUUUUAAAUGUUAUCCUUCAUUAUGACGCUUCUGGCGGCCAGUGCCACUUUGAAGGCAGCAUCAUUCUUGUAUUAUUAUUUUUCUGGGAGUACUUCAUUCCUGUGUGCAUAAUGACAUAUUCCUUCGCAGCCAUCAUCCUCAAGUUCCGCAAGCUGAAUAAAGUGGCAAUAGAACGAGGGACUGGGCAGCUACAUCGCUCCGUAAUCUUUCAGAUCCCUAAGACAUCCGUGGCAGACAGAUCAUCGGCAAGACAAGACAACAGAGGUCACUGCGAGGAGCCUGAAGCGUAUAGAGUUGGUGCAGCAACAAUCGACUGUGAAAACAAAAAUGUUGUAGAGACGGGAAACACGACACGUUUACAUCUGCAAGUUCCAAAUACAGAUCGUACAAGGUCUCAGGAACAAAUCGAAGCCGGUGAGGAGUCAAAGUGCUCAACUACGAAGAGCCACAUCCGCAGCGCGCAGAAGAAACCGCCAGCAGUGAAAAACGGGGCUAAGCUCCAGAGACGCAAUACGACUAGAGUCCUCCUCGCCAUGUACCUUCUCUAUCUCAUCUGCUGGUCACCUAAUCAGUGGAUGUUCUUGUCUUACAGUCUUGGAGUGAAGAUUGACUUCUUUUCGUCUUGCUGCUUAAUUUUAGAUACGCUGAGAAGAUAUAUGAGAAAUUGGCAGGCCAGCAAGGAGGGAGUUGCAAUAGUCCAGAUGGGAGGAGAAGAAGGCGUGACAAGUCUUUCAGUGGAGGCUUUGUCAAGCAGUCGCCUGAUCUUACCAAUUUUGUAG